AUGUUUCGAAUUUGUGUUACGUUCAUCACGUAUUCAAAAAAAAAUCCAAAAGAGCAGAAUUCUGGUGCCGCCGGUGCUGUCGAGUUGGCUCAGCUGCCAGCCGACGAUGCCUGCAAAAUGAUUGAUGUUUCAUUUCAAGCUUGUGUCGACCGCUCAACCGACAAUAAAAUGGAAGAUGAUUGGGCACAGAACAAUAGCGUUUUACACAAAGACUGUUUUAUCUCAUCGGCAGCGGCGAGCAGCGACAACGACAUGGCCCUACAUCUAGCCACAUUUGAUCCGAAUGAUGCGUUCGAUUGCGAGUCGAUUCAAAUCAAAAUGGAGCCCUCUGACGAAACAUCCGAUUAUCAUGGAUCGUCGUCGGGCAGCCCGUCGUCGUCGCUGUCGUCGCCGAACAACUUCAAAGAUGAGCCGCUUGGGCUGGACAUUAACUUUUGCGGUGGCGCAUUCACUAAUACUAACUUCAGUCCGGCGCCUGGAUCAUCACACAGUCCCGUAUUUGGUAUAAUGAAUGGCGGACAGGUAUCGCAACAGCAUUCGCCGCUGCCGCCGGUGGCUCACUUCUCGCACACGCAUCUCAACCAUCAGAUGACAAUGCAUCACGGAAAUCCGGCACCGCCGCAAUACAUUGGCCCUGGGCACCAUCAUCAGCAGCAGGCCAAUCAGCAGCAACAGCAGAACGGCAUGAUCUUCAAUGAUUCGUUGUUUUAUGAAGGAAUUGUUAUGAACAUCCCCUCAACGGCGAAUAUCAUUGUAAAAGAGGAGAUCAAAGAGGAGCUUCUCGACGAUGACGGCGAAUUCAAAACGGCGCUGUUGUCGUCGGCGAUAGCGACGUCGUCGCGCGAAGAAUCGGAAGACGACGAGCAUGAGAUGUCGAUGGGAGGCGUCGAUUUUCUUAGUACGGCGUUGCAAUUAAAUGCAAGAAAAAGUGGAAUUGGUCUCGCCGCGGCGCAACAACAAUUGAAAUCGCGCACGAAAAUGCAUGAAAUGGCAGUGAGGCAGAAGCUCAUCACUGACCAGGUCAGUGGAUGGAAUAAUCUCAAUGGCAACGGCGAUGUUCAAUUGUCGGCGGAAGAGCGCCGAACGUUGAUACAGGAAGGCUACGAGAUUCCGAGCCGAUUGCCCCUGACGAAGAGCGAGGAGGAGGCGUUGAAGAUUGUGAGACGGAAGAUCAAGAACAAGCUUUCCGCGCAAGAGUCGAGAAGAAAACGGAAGGAGUACCUUGAUGCGCUUGAAGUUCGGCUGCAAGGGUGUGUGCAGGAGAAUGGAUUCUUAAAGAGUCGUCUUCGAGCCUUGGAGCAAGAAAACCAUGAGCUGAAAAUGCGGCUGCACCAGUACGAAGAAGGCAGUAAUGGUGGUCAGGCUCAGCAGCCGAAUGGGAGCAACUGA